UUGCAGUAUAUACAUCGUCGUCUCCAACAGUCAGCCUUCUCAUUCUCUAUAGCACUCGCCUCCUCAGCCUGCAAUCUCACAGAGCCACUCGCCUCAGUAGCGGUCUCAUCCUCUCUAGUGGCACCGGAAUUCUCUGUGAAGUUGUAAUGGCGGUCGUACUCCCACAUGUCAACUCCCCAUCGGGAUUGAAGAAGCUCGACGAGUACCUUCUUACCCGUAGUUAUAUUACCGGGUACCAAGCUUCAAAGGAUGACAUCACCGUGCACGCGGCCCUUGCGAAGCCCCCACCCUCUGAGUAUGUUAACGUGUCGAGGUGGUACAACCACAUUGAGGCUCUCCUGAGGAUCUCAGGAGUUGCUGGAGAAGGCUGCGGUGUCAUUGUUGAGGGGUUUGCUCCCAUCACUGAGGAUGUUGCCACUCCACCAGUUGCUGACACAAAGGCUGCGGCUGCUGAGGAUGACGAUGAUGAUGUAGACCUGUUUGGUGAAGAGACCGAGGAGGAGAAGAAGGCUGCUGAGGAGCGUGCAGCUUCUGUCAAGGCGUCUUCCAAGAAGAAGGAAUCGGGCAAGUCCUCAGUUCUCAUGGACAUAAAGCCAUGGGAUGAUGAGACCGACAUGAAGAAACUUGAGGAGGCCGUGAGGAGUGUCCAGAUGGAAGGCUUGAAUUGGGGAGCAUCAAAACUUGUGCCGGUUGGGUAUGGUAUCAAGAAGUUGCAGAUUAUGCUGACCAUUGUGGACGAUUUGGUCUCUGUGGACUCCCUCAUCGAGGAGCGUCUCACGGAAGAACCCAUCAACGAAUACGUCCAGAGCUGUGAUAUCGUGGCUUUCAACAAAAUCUAAAUUCGAGGAUAUAUUGGGGUUGGGCGAUGUGAGGAUUCUGCUGCUGUGGAGCUUUAAGUCUACCUUAUAAUCUGUCAUCAGUUUUGUCGUUCAUUUUCUCAAAUUCGCAGUUAUGUCCUUUGUUAGCUCUUCAUCUAUGAAUUCUAGUGCCGAUAAUUCGGUUAUUGCCUAAUAUAAGUUAUUUUGGUGUGAUCU